AUGAUAGAAAAUGCGCUAUUAUUUGGAAUACUCAUCUGUGGAAUAUACCCAUCAUUAUUGUCAGCAAUUUAUGUCUCAGUUGCUUUUGCAUAUUUCUUUGAUGUUGCAUUUCUAAAAAAGAACAAACACAAAAUUUAUAUGGGUAUUAAAUAUAGGAAAUUCCCGAUGAUGGCGCUCAAUGUGCCAUCAUCGGCAACGUGUUUUAAGGGUACACGCUGGUAAUAGGUUCCACAUGUGGAGCCCUUUUUGACACGUGGAGAAUCCUCACUUUCACGUGCCAAAAGGGCUCCACACGUGGAACCCAUUUCCAGUGUGGACCCUGAACUUUAGUUGCCCGAUAAUGGCGCUCAAUGCACCAUCAUCGGGCAACUUGUAUAAUUAAUUAAAUGGCUUUGAAAUUUUAAUUCAAUGUUUAUUAUUUUAUUUGUUUAAUUUUUCAACAAUAUUUUCGCACACUUCUGUUUAUUCGAAUUAGGCUUUAUCCAUCAAAUUUGAUUUUUUAUUUUUCUAAAGCACCAAUUUAUAAAGGUCUAAUUGGAUACUCUUUUAUAGUGAUUAUAUGGAAAUUUUUGGCAAUAAUAAUUUUCUAUUCUGAUAAGAAUUCAGAAUUAUUUAAGGGAAAUGAUGAAUUAUUAAAAGUUUUUGGAAUUUUUUUAUCAAACCAUGCAUAUUUCGACUCUGAUGCAGCUUUAACUAUAUUUCCAGAUCUAUCAGUUCUGCUUGCCACAAUAUUUUUAGUUAAAUACACAAAGAAAUACGAUUUAUGAGUUAAAAAGAAAAUUCUAGAUUUGCAUGACAAGCAAGAGACUAGUGAAGAGUUAGGAGUUCUUACUGAUUCCCCAAUGGAAAGGAAAAAAAUAUAUACUCUUUUUUAUAACCGAAAAACACUGCUUUGUGGUCUGGUGUACUAUCAUAGGAGCUGCCUUUAUGGACUACUGCAACAAUUUGUGUAUUUUCUUCCAGAUAUUAAAGAAUCAUAGACUUUUAAGGAUAAUAAAUGCUGUUUAGCCUAGUGCACCAUACCACCCAAACAGUGUUUUUCGGCUAUAUUUAAAAGUAUAUCAUUUUUUUGAAAAAUUAUAGCUUAUUUAAACUAUUUAUUGGAACUGUUUAGCGUUUGAAUAACUUUUCUAAUACUUUUUUUGAUUAUGCUCUUAUCUGACUUAAACUUUAUCAACUUUGGCAGAUUUUUUAUUAUUUGCUACUUUUUAUCAUAUUUAAUGAUUAAAAUGCAGAAAACUAUAAAUAAUUCAUUGAGGCAAGUUUUUGUAAAGUGAAAAUUCCUCACAAUUUAUAGCUUUUCAACAUUUGCCAUUAGGUAUCUCUAUCAAUUUUGUGGAUAUUUUUAUGAUAUUAAUAAUGAUAUUACUGGCAUUAUAGGAUUAGCAUCCUUUAGUGUUGACUCAUUUUAUAAAAUUAUGAUAUGUGAAUGCAUUAUUUUAUGCACACUAUUAUUUUUUUCAAAUAAUUAUCAAAAAAUUUCUAUGCAUGAAGAUGAACUAACUCGCUCUCUCUUUGGUUAUCAAACAAACUGUUAGAUAAAUCCUUAUUUUUUGCAUAUUAAAUUAAAACACUUUUACUUGCCAAAAAUUCUUUAUUUUUUAAACCUGAAAAAAAUUAUUGGUUAAAUGAUUAAUAAAACAAUUUAACCUUUGGCUAUCGUGAUGAAAUUUUUGCUCAGUGACGAAGGGAAGGUAAGCCCUAUUUAUUCUUGAAUUAAAUCUAUAGAAGUAAAAGAGGUAAAUUUGGUAAAAUUAUUUGCUUCUUUAGGUAAGCAUUUCAAUUUACUGCUCUUUUUGGUAAUUUUUCUUAUUUCAAUUUUCAGAAGGCUUUCGAUAUCAAUGCUGGUCUAUUUAUUUUUUAUUGGAAGAUAUUGUAUGAAAAUAUGCUAUGAGUAUUGCAAAAAUAUAGAAAAUGAAAUAGAAAAAGAUUACAGUAAAGAUUUACUUAUAAGGUUAAAACUAUGACUUCAGCUAUUUUAUUUGACCAUAAUCUGCAUUUUGAUAUCAUAUUUAAGUUUUAUUAUAAAUUUCACAGAUUUUGGAGAAGGUUUUCUUGAAUAUGCACAGUGAUUUUAUUUUUUAUUUGGCUUUAGUGUGGCUCCUGAUGAUGAUCUUUUGAUAUGCCGAUUGCAGAUGAAUGAUAUCUAUAUAAAGCAUAAAAAUACUUGAAAUUAUUUAUAAUGUUUCUCUUCAAAUACCAUCGCAAAUACAGUCAAAUUAUAUAGCUCAAAAUUAUGAGUAUAUUUGCAUUUUGAUUUCAUUAAUUAUAGAAAAAUUAUGUAUUGAAGCCCUGCAAAAUAAUGAAUCUAGAAGUGCACUUCAUAGUGAAUCUUACUGAAAACUGUUAUCUCUUCUAAAACUUUUCGCUGACUCCCCCCUUUAAAUUGGAACUAAAAAUUUUUUCCAAUUUAAAGGGGGGUUAAGAAAAUGUUUUAAAAAAAAAAUCAUUAUAAAAUUUUUUAUAAAAAAAAAAACAAUUAUAUAAAAUUUAAAACAAAAAAAAUUUCAAAAAAUUUAUCGAAUUAGAUUUAUAAAUUUUGUUUAAUAAAAUGCUAUUUACUCUUUAUCCUUCAAAAUAAAGCAAGAUAUAACUAAAAUAUUAUUAUUAAUUAAUACGCCACUAUUAAUUGGCAUCAAAACUAUAUUUACACAAAAAUUAUUAUUUUUAUUGAUAAAAAAAAAUUAAAAAAAAAAAAUUUAGAAAAUUUAUCGGUCAAAGUGCUAAUUUUGUUUAAAUAAGAUGUUAUUUAUACUCUAUUCUUUGAAAUAAAGCAAGAGAUAAGUAAAUUUUGAAUUUUUGUAAAGAAUUCGUAUUGAAUUUAUAUCAAAGCUAUUUAAAUAAAAAAUAUCAUUUUUAUCAAAAAAAAUAAAAUUUUUUUCGAAAAUAUUUUAAAAAAAAAAAAUUAAAUUUUUUAAAAAUUUACAAUUAAGGAUAAUAAAUUUAUUCAAAUAAAAUGCUUUUUAUACUCUAUUCUAUAAACAAGAGCAGGAUAAAACUAAAUUUUUAAUUUUAGUUAAGAAGAAACAUUGAAAUUAUAUCAAAACUUUUUACAUAUAAAAAUUAUGAUUUAUAUAUAUAAAAUUUUUUAUUAUAAAAUUAAAUUUUGUUCCAAUUUAAAGGGCGGUUAAUUUACCAAAAAAGUGGAAAUUUUACCUAUAUUUUGUUCCAAUUUAAAAGGGGGGGGAGUGAGGCGAUCGUACCAGCAAUGCUAUUAACAAUAGCUUUUGCUAGGAUUACUUUUAUAAGUAUUAUUUAUGUUUUCACAGUGAUUUAUAUGAUAUUUUCAGCUACUCCAGAUAUACGAGCUAAAAUUUCCAAUAAAGUAGUUGUUUUUAUGAUAUGGCUUGAAUACAUACUUUAUCUUACCAAUUUAGGAGACGAUUCUCCGAUUCCCGUGCCAAAGAUAAAAGGAAACCCUAUACCUUGAAUAAAAGAAAUAAACUGAAACUCUGAUUACCCAGAAUUUUUAAAUGUUGGGGUGGAUUUUAGCCAAGUUAAAAAAACAUUUGGAGAAUUGUUUUUGCUUAUAGUUAUUCAAGCUUAUUUUAUUUAUUUAUCUAAUCUUGGCACAGAGUUGCAGGUAUUGCCAUUAGACAGAGCAAUGAGCAGAACAUCAAAAUUAUCUAUGAAAAUUUUGAUUUUUAUAAAAAAUGUUAUAUAUUCAAGCUGCCAUUAUUUUUCUCUUUUUAUUAGUCUUUUAUUUGUAAUUCAAAGUCCUGGACUAAUCUCACUUGUUUUUUGUCUUUUUUGUUUAUUUUUUAUAUUCAAGGCAAAUGAUAUUUAUAAAUCUCAAGAAAAAUUUGAACAAUACAGACAAGCUUUCAAGAAUUACUUAAUUAUUUUUAUAAUUAUUGAGUUAACACUUCAAAUAAUUUAUCAAAUUCCUUUGCAUUCAUUUUCUCCCACUAAACAGGGUAUUUUGUUUCCCCAAGGCUCUCCUGUAGAUGGGUGAGACAGAUUUAGCCUGCCACAUGGUCUUUCCUUAUCGGAACAUUGGGCUAUUCCAGAUAGUAGUUCUAUUCUAUGGAUCUAAUCUCCAGGAUAGAUAAUUAAAAGUCAGAAAUUCAAGAGGCUAGCCCUUCCAUUUCCUCCUUUGAACUCCGAGAUAUUGGAGACUGAUUUUGGAAUUGAGAAAAGGCUUAAAAUCAACUUAUUACAGGUCUUGGCUUGCUCGUCUAUUGGUAACGCAGUCACCAAGGAUCUUCAGAGAGAUUCAACCUCUUUGCAACGUCAAAAAGUAGAACUUCUUCGAGUAAGAUGACUCACCAGGUGAUUAUCGGCUCGAAAACUACCUUUCCUCUUCUUCACCACGUGACGUCAAUGCACCUGUGAAAUAGAACUCUAUGUCUUCGCUCAUCCUUACCUUUUCGGCUUCAGUAUUGAGUGGGAAGGCUAUGAACUUCUGUGGUAUGCUGUUUAGGUCGAGCUAAAGUUGUUCGCACAAGAUUCCCAAAAAUGAAUUUCUGGCAAACUAUCGGUAAAAGGGAAAAAUUCAAAACCUGGUGCGUAACUCCCACGUUGCCUUAAUGAUUUAUAAAUUGCUUUUAAACGCUUCUGAGCUUCCCUUUCAAACUAUGGACCCUCCGUUUCCCUCGUGUAAAAUCAAAUCCUGAAAGCGGGCCAGAACUAGGCUCUGUGCAUUAUCAGAAUUGCUUAUCUUGUAUAGUUGUACAGUUCUGGGUUCGCAAAGCCUUGCCACAUAUAAAUAGUAUGUGUUUGAGGCUGCAUUGCCGGAGGCAAUGCCCGGGCCGAGACGCUAUUUUAUUUAUGGAGCCGAGAGAAGGCAACCAUGAUCAGCAGUUAACUUCCUUAUAGCAUCAACAUAACUUAACUUUGCAUUCAUAUUAUCCCUCUGUUUUCAAAGAAAUAUUGGAGGCGUUUGGAUUGGUACAGUUGUGGAGUGCAGGAGAGUCUGGGAUUGGAAGUACUAAUAUACAGAGAAAAAGAAUAUUUCUUAAGGUCUAUUCAUUCGGACUGUUACUUCUUGCUUAUAGAAUUAUGAAGAAUUCUGAUUUUCAAGUUUAUAUUAAUAAAAAAAGAGAAAAAUUCAAUGGAAAGGCAAUAUUAAUUGGAAUUAAAAUGGCUCAAAAAUUCAAUGACAAGAGGGUGAGAAAAAAUAAUCAAUAUAUUGCCAAAAAAGAAAAAUUCGAAAAUGAACUGAGAAAAUUAGAUUAUAUGAUCAAUUCAUGAAAUAAUAUUUUCUAUGGAAAUGAAUCUGGAAGAGUAAAGAUAGAAAGGUCUAAAACAAUCAACCAGGAGGCAAUAGAUAUGAAUGCUGAGCUGAAAAUAGAUGCAAAGCGAAAGUUUGAAAAAUUUUUGCUUUAUUUUAUUAAUGAAGUACUUUUUGAAAAAUUUAUAAAUUCUCUGUAUCAUGAACCUUCAGUGUCUAAUAAUGAUGAAAGUGUUUCGUGUGAGUCAGUAGCAGAAGAGAGGUCGCUUUAUGAAAUCAAUUUUUCAAUUGAAGAAUCAUCUGAGAAUGAUUUCGAAAAAAAUAAGAUUUUUCAAAUGAAAUUCAAAGAUUAUUUUAUAGCUAUCCUUUUGGGAAUUCUGAGCAACACAGAAAGCAUUGUUUAUUUCAUGUUUAUAAUGAAUCAUAUAAUUUAUGCAAGCCUUGAAUCAAUAGUUUUCCCUCUCUCUAUUUUUGCUUAUGCAUUAUUAGAAUAUCCUCGGCCUCGUCCUAUAUAUUUCCGAAUAAUGACAUUGUAUGCCCAAUUAGUAAUUAUUAUUAAAUACAUCUUCCAACUUUCUCUUUGAAAGCUUUUAUUUGGUGAUGAUGUCUUUAAAACUUACUAUGACACUGGAAAAAUAGGUUUCAACUUAGCAAGUAAUACAUAUAGUGAAAAUUUGAUUAAUUAUGUCAUUUUAGAUGCCUUAUGCAUGCUUGCUCUUUAUGCACAUGAAUAUUAUUUAAUGAGAACAGGACUAAGUGAGCGAAGCGAAACUGAGAUUGAGUCUUUGGAAGAAGCUUAUGCUAGAAAUUCUCUUGAAUAUCCUGACAUGCCAAUAAUUCAUAUAGACGAAAACCAAGGAUUUUUUAAAAAAAUCAUAUUAAAACUCAACCUGUUUUUGCAGCGUUUAACACCUUAUAAUAAAGAUGAAAAACCUGGAAUUGACUUGUACACACCUAUAAUUCUUAUACAAUUAUGAAUAUUUAUAUAUCUUUUGUUUUUCUUUUCAAAAAUGGACUGAAAUUAUAGUAGCGCUUCAAAUGUUUUUGUGUAAGUUUAACAUAGGACGAAUUCUUUCCCCGGAAGAAUGGUUGUAGCUCUUUUAUUUCAUUUAUUUAUUAUGCUUUUAGAUCGAUUUUUAUAUUUAAAAAGUACAAAGAAAGAAGUUGAAAUAUAUAUUGAUCAAAUAAAUAUUGGAUGAGAGUGAAGAUCAGUAGGGAGAUUUUCUUUGCAUAUUCUUUUAGUUUUAACUGUUCAUGCACUGGUCUUCUGGUAUUUCCCUAUCAAUGGAAACAAUGGAAUGUCAGGGACUCCAUACUGCCUAAACUUAUUUGAAGAAAAGCAUUGCAAUAAUUUUCAAGUCAAUUUUGCAUUACAAUGGUUUUAUAUUUUUUAUGUCAUUUAUUUUAUUUUAGUUACUUUGCAGUUUCAAGUCGGUCUUCCAAGUUUGAGAGAAGUUUCUUUUCCAUUGAUGAGGCAUACCGAUAAAACUUCCAAUAUUUUUUUUAAGAUAUAUAGAGGCCUGCCAUUUGUAUUUGAAUUAAGAACUGUUAUAGAUUGAUCUUUAACAAAAACUUCUUUGGUUUUUUUUGAUUGAUUAAGAUUUGAAGAUAUAAAUGCACAGCUGUACCAAAACCAAUGCGAUGCUGAAAGUAAUAAGUCACAUAUAAAAGGGCAAACUAUAGGGAUUUUUUCUAAAAUUUUCAUUGGCGGAUGUGUCAUUUUAUUUAUCUUAGCAAGCAUUUUCGCACCUUUGAUUAUUUUCAGCUCUUUAAAUCCGAUCAUAUAUGAAAAUUCUGUAAAAAAGAUGAGCAUCGAGAUCGGAAUAGUGACAGUUAACAAUAACUAUUAUAAUAUUUUUACAGGAUCAAAAGCAUCAAUAUUGAAACACAUCACAUCUAAAGAGUGAAGCGAAUUAAAUUUCAAUUCAUUGAAUGAUGUAGUCGCUACUGAAAAAGAUAUAACACAAAUAAUCCAAUUAGAAACCAUCCCAGAUAAUUUUUGGAUAAUAUCCCCAACCGCAAAAAAAUUAUUAUGCACUUCAUUAACGUCUUAUAAUUCCUCUUUCCCUGAUUAUUAUUUGCAAGCAAUUUAUAGUUUUGAAAGAAAAUACCCAGCUUCUCAAACCCAAGUCCAGAAUAAUAAAAAGAAAAAAUUAACAAAUGACCAAGUUCAUGCCUUAGCAAAUAUAAUAUGCAAUAAUAGUAAUGAAACUUUUAGCUGCCCAAAAUGUUUUCCUGAAGUUAUUAUGAUUCAGAGUGCAGGAGACGCAAUUUCACCAUCAUUUAUUACAGACACAGAUUAUUAUUUGCAGUUAGAUAUGAAAUAUGCAGGUAAUUCAAGCUAUUGAGAGGCUGGGUUUUGAUGAAAUGGAAAUUUCAAUGGCUUGAAAUUUUAUGUGAUUUCAAAUAAUUAUAGCCCUGUCACUUUGAAUUUCUCAUUGAUUACGUUCUAUAUAUCAGUUGUGCUUUUAAUAGGAAGGAUUUUAAGGUCGAUUGUGUCUGGAUUGGCACAAAAUAUUGUUAUGACGGUGAUGCCAAAUCCUAAACCGCUAAUUAAUCUUUGUGAAGGGAUUUACGUAAGCAGAAUCACCGGAGAUUUAGAGAGAGAAGAUGAAUUAUAUCACGAGUUGAUUGAUAUAGCAAGAUCCCCAGAAAUCAUAAAAAUAAUCACUGGCAGGUCUUCUAUCAAAAACAAAAAUGAGUAA